AUGGACAAAGAGGAACCUGCUGUGGUCAUAACGACGUCGUUGCAGAAGCUCGAUUUGAAUCUCAAGUCGUCCAGCAACGCCCGCAAGGCUUCUAAGAUUUCCAGUCCCAACCUUCAAUCCUCCUUACUAGAUCCUCUGGAGAAGCCAAAGCCUCCCAAAUUGGUCAGCUUAUGUCUAGGAGUUGUGGGUAAGCAUUUUGAAGAUAUAAUUGAGGACUUGGCUGAGGUUGCAGCCAAUUUCCCAUCUGAUAUCAAGAUGUCCAUGGCAGCUAUAGCGAGAAGAAGAAAGUUACUUAAUGAUGAUGUCAUCAUUGCAUUGGCUGAAAGUUCAUGGGAAAAUCUUGAUAUAUCUGGUUCUGAUGUUUCUGAUUUUGGCUUAUCGAAAGUGGCAGAAAUAUGCAAAUAUCUUCGGUCCGUGGAUAUAAGUCGAUGCAGCAAAAUCACAUCAGUUGCUGUAUUUGAACUCAUGGAACAUUGCCGUUCACUGGAGAUUCUGAGAUGGGGAGGGUGCCCAAGGAGUGACUACACUGCACGCAGAUGCUUGAGCAUCUUGAAACCAACACUAAAUGAGGUCGAGGGAGAUUCUUGGGAGGAACUUGAUACCUCGGAGUUAGCUCGUGCACAAUCACUGCGCUGGCUUGUUUGGCCGAAAAUUGACAAGGAUUCAUUAGAGAGCUUGUCCACUGAAUGCCCACGCAUUAUAGUAAACCCAAAGCCAUCACCAUUUGGUUACCGGGGAAUUGAGGUUCCUAGGGAAGCAUUGCUAAAUGUUGUACUGGAUGAACAUGUUGUUAAUGAUAUUGAUCCAAAAACAUGGGCUGUUUCUGGAUUUACACCCAGGAUAUCUCCUUCAGUUUCAAGCCCGAAUGAAUUACCCAUUGCUGAGAAAUUUAGACUUGCAUUUGUAGAGAGAGACAAUCGAUUAGCCCCAAAGCGAGCAAAGAAUGCAAGGCAACAUCAGCGACGUGCAGAAAGGGAGUGGGUUGCGACGAGUGCCAGAGCAAAGGCCCUAGCGCUUGCCUUACAGGUGAACAAAUCUCUGCAGAGUCGGAGCUAG